ACAAGAUUUUUAAAAAAAUGUUAUAUUUCGAUAUGAAAUGGUUAAUUAGGUCCCGAAAAUGUUCAUCCCGGUCCCGAUCCCAAUCCCGUCGGGAUCGGGAUCGGGAUCCCGAACAAUACCUCAGUGACAGUGAAACCGGGAUCCCGAACAAUACCUCAGUGACAGUGAAACCGGGAUCCCGAUCUCGAUCCCGACGAGAUUGGGACCGGGUUCGGGAAAAAAAUAGGGAUCGGGAUAAUCCCGCCGGACCCUAUCCUCUAGAUUUUUAUUGCUUCUUUCAGCAUGACCAGGAAAACUUCAUCUUCCGGAAAAGAAAACGCAUUGUGAAAUAUAACAGAAAAACUUUGACAGAAAGGGACCGAAUUUUGAGGAGGGAGCCCUCCUCCUAAUCGGUAACUCUGAUUGUGGGUGCAGGUCUAGCUAGCAACAUGACUUUAACAUACACACACACACUCGCAUUGUUUUUUCUUAUAUAAGCAGAAUUUUUUUCUAAAUAAUUCUAUUAAAUAUACCUCACAGUUUUACUAAUGUUUAGCCUUGAGCUAUUCAGCCUCGAGAUCUCCAUAAAGCUUCUCAUUUUUUAAGCAAUAACUGACAUCAGACGGAUGUUUCAAUAGACAGACUUGUCAACGAGUCAAAAUUUAGAUAGACUGAAUGUUUUGUUCAACCACAUGUCAACUGUAGAGCACACCGACCGGGUUGUCUUUGAGUUGGUAAGAAACAAACAGGGGUUCGAUCGUUCUCUUUUAAAAAUUUUCCUAUUGAUAAGAGCUCUAAUUCACUCUUCUAGCUGAAAAAUCAUUACUAUCAGAUCUGCUCUCCAUCAGAAAUUUGAAUAGAUUGGUUGCUUUCAUAACUAUCUACGGUGAAAAAUAGCUUUUCAUUCUCAGACUAUUAUAAAUACUAAAAUUGUUUUUUAAGAACCACAAAUCACCGCGUCAAACAAUUCACGAUAUUCCGACAAGAAACUCAAUUGUGAGGGACGUGCUUGUGCCAGAUGUGGCCUUUGCCGUGAUUGGUAUUGGUAUCCUGAUAGUGGGAGGAAGCAUUAUAUAAAGCGUAGUGAUGCAAGAUGUAUUGGUGAUGACUAUGUUGAUGCUUCUGUUGAUACUUAUGAAGGUAUGCCUGGUGAUUUCUAUUGUCAUCUGAGUUACGUUGAGGAUGAUCAAUAUGAUGAUCUUUAUCUUGAUCUUGAUGGCAUGGAUAUUGAUGGUGUUUUUCAUACUGGUCUUGCUGUUGAUGAAUAUGGUCACCUGUGUGAAUGUCGUACUAAUCAAUACUAG